UAUAAAAGGAAGGGCCCGGCGCAGUAACACUUCAGUAUUCGUCACGUUUUCUUGUGUUCCGUGUUGAAAGGAAAGCAGACGCGAUGCCUGAUCCAGCGAAAUCUGCCCCUGCUCCAAAGAAAGGUUCUAAGAAAGCCGUUACGAAGACCCAGAAAAAAGAUGGAAAGAAACGCAAGAAGAGCAGAAAGGAAAGCUACGCGAUCUAUGUCUACAAAGUACUGAAGCAGGUGCAUCCAGACACUGGCAUUUCCUCCAAGGCCAUGGGCAUCAUGAACUCGUUUGUCAGUGAUAUCUUUGAGCGCAUUGCCGGGGAAGCUUCACGCCUAGCCCAUUACAACAAGCGCUCCACUAUCACUUCUCGGGAGAUUCAGACUGCUGUACGCCUCCUCCUUCCUGGAGAGCUGGCCAAGCACGCUGUGUCAGAGGGCACCAAGGCUGUUACCAAGUACACCAGCGCCAAGUAAAGUUCUCUUUGUUCUCUCUU